CUACUGCUCGCUGCAUCGCCUCCACGAUUACUGCUGCGAAGGAACUGCGCUGAACACACUAUGUGCGGCCUCACUUUUUCGGGACAUCCGCAGCAGCAAACAUAGCCUGGCAUAGCCUUGCUCGCCUGAGACGGGACCCCAGUGCACGUGCAACGCAAUCUGCUUUGCUGCGGCGCGCAGUCUUGGCCGGACGGAUUGGACGAGGCGGGACUAUUGGAUGAAUCCAACGUCACAACAAACGCUCGGACAGUGCGUCGGACGACUCUGAUAAUAAUAUAUCGCUGCUGCACAGCUGCCACCCACGUCUUCACGUUCGACAGUUUCAACGAUUGGCCACCAUGCGGAUAUCGUGCUUCUCCCGCAAGUCCUUUGCCCAGGAUCUGGACACUACUGAGGCACCACGGACGCCCGUCAGCAGAAACCGCCGGGUUUUCCGCCAAGGAAGCAACAACUCACAAGCCUCCCGCUGCAGCACUGCUAGCACUUCGAGCAAUGAGUCGAUCGCUCGAUUGCCACCAUGCAAGACUUCUGACGCUCAUAUCGAGGCCAUGAUGAUGCCGGUGCCUCCGGAAGUGCGACAAAGUCGAUGUCUGCGCAUGUCGCAUCCCAAAAUCUACUCCAACAUCGUCGACGACAUGAAGAAGACCCGCAAGUCGCGAGCCUGGAAAGACUUUGAUGUCUUCUACGCCGACGAAGUCGACAUGACCAUUUCCGCCGUCGACAUGGCGGCCAAGAAGGCUGCUCAGUACGAACGCAUGAUGCGCGACGUGAACAGCUUUUGCGAAAGCAGCCAACAGCCUCGUCGUUCUGUCGAUGCCAUCGACAUGAUUGGGUGAAGGCUGAAAACUCCGCUGUCACGAGUCUGGGUGGCGCAAUACCUGGCGUUUUCUGGACCAAACGGCCGUCGGAUUCCCGCUCGUGGAAGCGUCGGUCACAUGCAAAGAUCCACUCAAGACUACCCCGGAAUCGGAGAGUCACGCGGCUUGGCCGUCAUAUGAAGGACGGCCGUUAGCUUGGAUGACUCUCUUUUUAUAUGGUUGCGCCAUCCCCAGACUGCGACACCAAGCCUCAACACCUCCAGACUCGACGGUCGCCAGCCAUGGCAUUCCC